GCCCGGCCAAUGCCGACGCUCGUGUGGCAGAAUCUCGGAAUUGAUCCACUUGGCAAGAGUGGGAAGAUUGAAGAGGACGUUCAGGAGCAUUUUGCUGCCACUGUGCCACAGUGGUGGAAAGGUCUCCGACUUUCUUCCGGGAAAAUGAACAAUGUCCAGCUCAAAAACUUCCAAGUUUCUACCUUGAAGGCGCAUCCACAAUGGCGGCACCCUCGUCUUCGUCCCGCAUCAGCCUCCUCCUCAUCCUGGCUGCGGUCAGCCUGCUUGUCGGUGGCGCCUUUGCUGCAGAAUGCAGCCAAUGCACCAAGCAGUGCAGCGCAGUCGUGAGUGGGCAAACCGACUGCCCGUAUCCGCCAAGGGACAAGACUUACGAGUACUUCCUGUUUGUGCUCCAGUGGCCAGGAACCUUUUGCAAGAGAGACAACAGCUGCUGUGAUGGCAGGUUCCCCGAUGGCGUCGACUGGACCAUCCACGGUCUCUGGCCUGAGAAGUCCCAGAACUGCUACCCCUACUGCUGCGACCUCAGGAGCGUGAAGUACACCCCCCAAGCGGUUACCUCGCUGAAGGCCGACCUCAGGAAGUACUGGCCCACGCUGAGCUGCUCAAACACCGACGACUCUUUCCACAGCAACGAGUGGGACAAGCACGGCACGUGCAUGCUCGCCGCACUGCGCAACCAGUCGUCGGUCCUCGUUUACUACUAUUUCGAGCGGGUUUUGGACCUCUAUGAACAGCUCCCCCUCGGCAAAAUCCUUGCGGAUGAAAACAUCAAAGCCGACAACAGAAAGACGUACUCCCCAGCUAAAAUCAUCGCCGCCAUUGAAAAGUUCACUGGCGCCACGCCAGACUUGGCCUGCGCCGAGAACGGAAAGCUCCUCGACGAGGUGCAUUUCUGCCUCGACAAUGAUUUGAAGACGUUCUUCAACUGUCCGCUAGGUGAGGGAGACAGGAAGAAGUGCGGCCCCAAGGUUCGCAUCCCCGAACUGGACACGGUGUUGGUCCAGUAAGCUGGCGGUGGAGCUGUACCAUAAGAGUUAACCAUAUUUUAGAGUCUUGGUUGAGAGUUUGACUUUUGCUUAGUAACUAGCCGUCUUGGAGCUUUUUUUGACAGUGGAGUUGUGGUUUAGGAGCUCUUGGAAGGGUUUACGAAUGACGUUCCCACCACUGAGAUGACUACAGCUUUGGCUGAUAGCGUGUGACUGUUGAAUACUAAAUAUUAAACCGGUGUGAUAUAGCUAACCACGUUUCGCAGUCUAUGUUUGAGAAAACGACCGUUGGUUAGAAAGUAGCCGUACGGUUUUGGCUAUCUUUGACAUUGGAAGUUGUUGUUGCGGGACUGUAGAAGAAUCUCCCACACGAGUCCCCGACUUGAGAUGGUUACAUUUUGGGAUGGUAGGAUGCAAGCAAUGACUUUCCUUAAACAAAUCUGUAUUGAGAUCAGUCGAUGUCGAGUACUGUAGAUCUGAUGGGGCGUCCGUUUCCGUGCCCCUUGCUUUUUGUGGCAUUUUUGUGCCGGCGUUGUAAGUUGCUGCUUCGUGAAGUAGAGCAGAACGGUAGCAGGGUGUCAGCCGCUCUCAGCAGUUGCAGAUACGUUUUGACCAAGAACUGGACGUUGAGUUUGUCAGGCGUUGACUGCUUCGUAUGGGUUGAGCUUGUGCAUUAGGCGCCACGUCAUCUGUAAUCUGUUGAUUGAAAGCUUCUUCUCAUGCUCAAACUUCAAAACCUGUCG